AUGGUGCAUCACGCCUCAUACCAUUCCGCAAGGAAUCAGGCUACCAGGGGCCAUCAAAACAAGCGGGGGAGACAGGCAGACGCUGGUGUCACCGAUGUCUACCAGGAAUUGUUGCAGGAAGCUGAAGCCCGAGACCCCGAGCAAUUUGCCUCGACUAGGCCAGUCAAGAGACGCAAGGUUGGUGAUUUGAAAGCCAUACCUGUUGAUUUGAGGUCCUUGGACCAAACACACCGGGGCACGGAAGCAAACAAAAAUGAAGCCCAGCAGGUGCAAACUAUCUAUGAUUCCGAGGAAUCGGAGGAAUCGGAUAUUGAAUGGGAAAAUGUCGAAAUUCAACAACUGCAUCAACCGUUGCUUCAGGGAUCUUCUGCAUCCAAGGACAGCGAUGAGAUGCUCCAGAUUACACUGGAACAAGAACCCGAGAAACGAAAAAAGAUCAUUCAAAGGAGGAAGCCUUUGACUGGUGCCGAAAGAAGAGUCCGAUUAGAUGUGCAUAAAUCCCAUGUUCUUUGCCUCCUCGGCCAUGUUCAUUUGCGCAACCUGUGGUGUAAUGAUGAAGAACUUCAGAACUUCUUGAAGAAGAUGCUUCCGAAGAACAUGAUCACUCUUCUGCACCCGGAUGAACAUAAACCAGACUAUACUAGAUCUACCAUGUUUAUGGAUGGUCUCAACCAGGCUGGUGACGCCUUCACACGCAGAUUUAAGGUCACAAGACCAGGGAUGAAACGAGCCCACUGGGCCGAAGAUGAAACACAGUUGAAGCAGAAACUGGAAUCCGUCAUGUCGGGCGCCGAAGUCUUUUUGUCCAAAGGAGAAUUUAGAGCGCAGGCGAAGACUCUGCAAGGUUCUCGAGACUUUGGGGCACAGCUUUUCUGUGCUCUGCUACGUGCCGUAGCCGUUGAGGCAAGGCUUGUUUGUUCAUUGCAACCACUGCCGUUUUCUGGCACUAUAAAGGAUAUGACACCUUCCAAACCAAAGCCUCAAUAUAUUGUCAUAUCUUCCGAUGACCCAGGGUCCUCAACAGAUGAACUCCAGAAAUCUGAAAAGUCCCCCACAGUUUCAAGGACUCGGCGAAUUGGACAACCAAAAUUCAUACCUUCGCGUCCUCCUCAGCCAAAAUCUCACUCCACCCCCUACCAAACGUCCAGAGAGUCGGCAUUUCCGGUGUUCUGGGUUGAGGCUUUCAAUGAAGCCGCUAAGAAAUGGGUCGCAAUUGAUCCCGUUGUAACAAAAUCUCUUGCCAAACCUUCCAAGUUUGAACCUCCUGCGAGCGACCCGCUAAAUCUAAUGAACUAUGUGGUUGGUUUCGAGGACGACGCUUCCGCACGAGACCUUACUCGUCGUUAUGUGAAGGCUUAUAAUGCAAAGACUCGAAAGCUUCGCGUUGAAAGCACACGGCACGGAGAAAAGUGGUGGGAGAAGGCGUUGGGAGCCUAUGAAAAGCCUUUCUUUGAGGAUCGCGACGAAGUAGAGAUUAGUGAACUCACAUCCAAGGCAGCAGCGGAACCCAUGCCACGGAGUAUACAAGACUUUAAAGACCACCCCGUUUAUGCACUUGAGCGACACGUCCGUCGCAAUGAGGUCAUUCACCCCAAACGAGUGAUUGGGCAUGUUGGGCUGGGUAAAACGGCCGCAAGGAACGAGACAUCGGAACCUGUUUACCGCCGUGCCGACCUUCAUGUUGUACGAAGCGCUGACAAAUGGUAUCGCCUGGGGCGGGAUGUGAAAGUUGGCGAGCAGCCUCUCAAGCGUAUCGCUGCAACUAGAACCCAGGGCGGAAGCAUGAGUGACGAUGAAGAUGAAAACGAGCCCGGGGAGACUACUCUGUAUGCCGAGUUUCAGACGGAAGUAUACGUUCCACCGCCUGUUGUGAACGGAAGAGUUCCAAAGAACACUUAUGGAAACCUAGAUAUCUAUGUUCCCAGCAUGGUUCCGCCUGGUGGUGUUCAUAUCAAGCGUCCUGAGGCAGCAAAAGCUGCUCGGAUCCUCGGCAUCGACUAUUCCGAUGCAGUCACUGGGUUUGACUUCAAAGGUCGUCGGGGUACAGCUGUGCUCGGGGGGAUUGUCAUUGCACUUGAUUACAAGGAAGCAAUUGAGGAAGUCAUCGAGGGCCUUGAAGAUGAGAGACGCCAUGCUGCGCUUGAGGCUAGGUCUGCGGAAGCUCUUCGGUUCUGGCGACUCUUCUUAGUGAAGCUUAGGAUUGCAGAACGAGUCAAAGAGUACGCGGGCGAGGAGGAGGAAAACGAGGUUGAGGACGAAGAAGUGGACUUUGAGGACUCUGGGGGUGGUUUCUUUCCCGAAUCAGAUCGGCCAACGGCUAGUCCGCCUCCAAGGGUCCUGGGAAAGCAAAAAAUGUCAAAAGACUACCAUGACCCAGAAGACCACAUAGAAAGUGGGCCAGAAUCGGCCGAGAAUGAUGAUGAUACCGGCGGGGGCUUUAUCCUUGACGGCGAAGAUGAGAAUGAACCAGUUCGGGCUCCAGCAGAGCAAUCGAAAACCAUGCCAUUGGCCAUACCCCAAUCAUUAGGUUCCCAGAGCGCCCCUAGAACGAAAGCAGCAAACAAACCUCGAUACUCACUCGUCGUUGUUCCAACCCACCAAACAAGCCCAGAAUCCCAAGACCGCCGGCUCACUCCAGAAACAAAGACCAAAGCCGAUAUCCCAGGAUCGUCCGAAAAUGUUCCCAUCGCGGUGGACUCCUCCACGAAUGGUGAUUCUAAAUCUACCAGUGUGGUCACUGUAUCCCGGCCGCCUUCUCCAUCGCAGAGCCAAAGGCAACCGUCGAUGCCCAAAUAUGACACUGAUAGUGAGAUUGAGAAAGGCUCACUGCUCUCUGAAGACCCCGACGAUGAGGAUGCAAUCCCGGAAUGGCUCAUGUCUGAUGAGGACUAA